CCAUUACACAAUUUCUGACAGAUAAUCUGUGAUGAAAUUGGUAGGGUAUCUUUUUCGUUCGUUGUACCGAUCAGUUCGAGGUCGUCUCACGUUUCCUCGCAAAAUUAAACAGAAAAGCCCAUCAAUGAUGGGCUCCUGAAUUAAAUUAAAUUGAUUAAAUACCGCAAUACCGUGAGAAAAAUUGGUAAAUACCGAAAUACCGUGUCAAAAAUCGACGAAAUACCGAUACUGCAUUUAUUUUCGGUAUUGGGUACCUACCAAUGUCCCCCCUAGCAUGGCGUUGCUCUCCAACUUCGUCACCUUUCUUCAGGUCCGCUGACCCCUACACGCGCUGACCCGUAACGUCCGUUGGAAUGUAUGUAACGAAAUACAAGCAGCCCACCUUCAAAGUACUUGGAGACUAGCUGAGGCUGAAUUCACCAUCAUUAAUAGGAAAAACAUAAAACUGUUUCACUUCACGAUUUCUGGUGAUAGAAAGACUUUUUUUUUUUUUUUGAACUUAUAUUUUACGUAUUUGUUUGGAUCCCGCUGCAGUUCGGACAAAUGAACGCUGUCACGCGACAACAUUUCCAAGAUUCAACUCUCCUUAGCAGAUGGUAAUUUCGAAUUAUUCUCUUUUUCUGCGAAUCUUUCAUUUUCCUUUCUCUUUUAAUUCUAUAUAAUUCUAUUUAGGAUGGUUUUGAGCGCCUAGCAAGGCUUAAAGUGGCGUUUACCACGCUAUCCUUGGCCAUAUUGGCAACAGAGAAGUGUUUCGCCGAAGUGGCAACUUAACGGUAAAUACGGUAACUUUGAACGGUUUUUACAACGUCAGUAUACUUUGGCCGAAAAAUGUUUUUCCGAAAACGUGAUGUAUAUCCCUUCAAUGUCUAAUUCAUCACUGUGAUUGCUUUCAGCAGCGUUGGACUUUUGAGAAAUUAUUGUUUUAAAAUCAACUCCAACGCUCCAUCUAAUUUAAUAUGCAGUAUUUGAAAAUUUAUUUUUUAUUCCCUUCGGCAAUUUUUCGAUGUUUAUCGAAUGAUAUUGCAUUAAAAGGCCUUUUUCUUCAUCACCGUGUGGUUUUCUCGCUAUUUUGCGUUGCGAUAGUGAUUUCUGAACCGUUUUUUGCGAGGGCUUAUUUUAGGCCUGAUUUUGCUGCUAUCAGACGGAAAAAGUUUGCGGCUCGAUAUUUUUGGUUUAAAGCGAAACUGAAACAAAAGAAAUUCAUUUUUGAAUAGUAUUCGGUAACCUCUACUUGGGAGAUAAAAAUCGGCCGAUUUUAUUUUUUAGCCGGAAAUCAUCGGUCGUUUCUUAGGCGCAGGGCCUCUUAAGGGAGCGAAAUUAAAAAAUAAAUAGCCCGUCUGCAGGCUCGCUUUUCUCCGUCCCAUUCUUUUUGCCGCCAGCUAGCGCUGGUAGCUCCACCGCCAAAACAACCCCACACUCUAACAAGUAAACCUGUUCGCAGGAUAUAUAGAUUUAACCAGGGCAAAAAGCGAAUCUCUCGAUAAUAGUUUCCUCAAACAAAUUAAAAAAAAAAGUGUAAUUAAUGCUAAGCGGCGAAGGAGACUAGAACGGUGAAAAACAAUUGUUACAAUUGGUCUAAUUAGCAAAAAAGCAACUUUGCACGUGCAGCACACCUUUUUUGUACAUUUCUUUGCCGUUGUUUUGCACGACUACAACGUGACACUUUCAGAAACUUCCUGGGGUCCGUUUCUCGAAGCUCCCGGUAAUUACCGGGCCCGUUAAGCUGUUUUGUUUGCCAUUUUAGAAGGAAGUUUUAAAAGUUUUGAAAAUUAUACAGUAGAGUUAUUAGCUAACGAAACAAAACGGACUUCAUUAGAGGUCAGAACACACCCUACUUUUCUUGAGACUUUGAUUUAAAAAUAUGAUUCCGGGCCCGUUAAGUUACCGGGACUUUCGAGAAACGGGCCCCUGGUUACAACUGGUUUCACGUUCUAUGGAGGAAGUGUCGUACGUGUCGUCCUUGUUCACUUUUUUUUUUCACUGGCGCUCAUUUUCACCUUGCAUUUGGUGGCCACUAGCAUUUCUUAUUUUCUACAAAAUUUUCAUGUUGUUCUUCCAACGAAAUAAAAGGCCUACUCUGGGACCUUAACUCGCCUUAACUCGCCCUAACUCGCAACUUGAGAUUAUGUUCAAAUUUCCUUAUCUCGCCUUAACUCGCCUAAACUCGCAUUAUCUCGCACAAACUCGCCCAAUCUCGCCACUGCCAAGUGGGUACCAAUUUUAAUAUCUCAUCCUAUUGUCAGUGUAAUUUCACAAUUACUCCAUAAAGGGAAGUUAGUGAUAACAAAUGAUGACAAGUCAUGUGAUACCUAUUAUGCUCACCUGCCUAUUAAAACAUAGUGUUAUUGAUUUAAAAAAAUAAAUAAAAUAAAAUAAAAUAUCCUACCUGUGCUUAUACUACAGCUACAUUUUUUUUAUCAAUUCAUGAUUGUUUUGUUUUCAUUUUUUUUCCUCACUACUGGUAAUUUAUUACUUUGCCAAAUAAUUAUACCUGGAUUUUUGAAAACCGGGUUAGCAAAAAUAUCAAGUCAUUCUACUACUUGGUAAUUUAAAACAACAAAACUCAUUCAAAGGCCGAUUAAAAGCCUUUAUAUGACGCCGGGCAGUGCGUUAAUGGUCCCUAGAAGCAUUCCAACGAGUCCAAAUUUAGAAUGACGCAAAUUUUAGAACAUUUAUUCAGUAAACUGACUUCGCGAAGUUUCAAACCGGUGUCAUUUCAGUCUAGAAAUUUUUAAGUUGAGUGAGCUGCAGCGAAAGAGUGCCUGGUUAAGGCUUACAUAACAACUUAAAUAGUUAGCAAAACACUACUUUUUGGGCGGUCCGAUAAACAACAGGAUUCCGCAUGGAAUAGACUACAAACUGAAUGAAACAUAGUGUACAAAUUAUCACCUUCUUGUCUGCAAAAACCGGCCUAUGGUGCAAUGCCAUUAGAGCCUGCUGAAACUAGACCUAGAUCUAAUUUUCCUGAGUCGAGAGUUGCUUUUCCAAGGUACAAUCAGCUAAGCUAAACACCGACGAAACAAUAUUAAUGGCUGGCACAGAAUAUUUUGGCGAAACCGCAGUUCAACCACGCAAUCACAUACCUGUCAACACCAUGCGGAAAUCACACAAUCACACACUUUUGCGGCACUGAUAAGACUAUCCACAACCACGCAUAAUCUUCUCACGUUUAACAUAAGCGAAAUAUCAUCGAAUAACUCGGAAAAACUCAGCCUAUUGCCAGAUAAACACCUCUGGACCUUUCUCUUACACUCGUCUUAUUCAAGUUCCCGGAUGUAGAGUCACACGGUCGGCGGAUCACCUUAGCCUUGUUUUCACACCAGAAAAAUACUAAGUCUUGGCCCGGGUCAAAGUUCAGCUGCAAUUUUCCUCUCAACUAAUUAAUUUGACUCCUAAGAGCCUGUUCCCGAGGCCAAAGACUUAGUGGUCACCUUAGAAAAGCGAACAAUAUCGUACCUUUCUGUCUCAGCCCGGAUCAGGGAGAUUAAUCCGUUUAGCCAAAUGAAACGAGAAUAUAAUACGAUAUUGGACGAUGCAGACUCUGCGAAUCGUAAUAACUUUGUCCCAUCUCAGAGCUUUACAUGAUGCUCUCCGGGAAACUUUUCUCAAGGUGACCAAUAUAUAAAACUUAACUGCUAAACAGCACUAAAACCAGCCUUAAGCGCCCGCUGAUUUCAAACUGAUAACUGUCACUUGUGUUAAAGAAAGAAUUGUGGGUAGGGAAAAAAAUGGAGGGGGGUUAGAUAGUAAUUCUGUCUACAGCCACUUGUACGCAAAUCUCUAACCAUAAGACAAGCCAAAAAACAAACGACAUAAGCAAACAACACAGUAAACAAGCUAUUAGACAGCAGAAGUUGAGAAAAAUUACAAAAUGUUUGCUAACCCGGUUUUCAUAACUCCAGGUAGAAUUAUAUAGCUUUAAUAAAUAAUAUAUGAUGAUGACAAUGAUUAUUAUUAUGAUACAGCCACCAAAUGGUUUAGUUUGGAGUCUGAAUGCUAUAUAAUUAAUAAAGAACAGGACUCCAUAUCACUAGCAUAUCCAUACUUAAGCUUGUCCAAUUAGGAAAAUAUUUCAGUUAAUAAAUUUAAACAAGAUUUGGCUUCAUUCAACUUUGGAGCUCAUCUGAAAUUUUUGGUUUAAUUUUUUCGUAAUUGGACAACAUGGAGCCUACCAUAUAUAUAAGACAUACAAAGAUUCCAAGGCAUCUUUAUAUGUAUGUUACUAAAGCCUAUUAUAAGUUUUAAGCCUUAUAACCUCAACAUAAGAUGGAUCAUUUUCCCUUAACUCGCCUUAACUCGCACAAACUCGCAACUGAUAGGCGAGGUCAAUUUUUCCUUAUCUCGCCUUAACUCGCCUAAACUCGCAUUAGCUCGCACAAUCUCGCGGCGAGUUAAGGUCCCAGAGUAGGCCUAACAUAAUUGAAUGUCAAGCAGGCAUGAUGAGAUAUAGUAAUUGAAUGACAAGAAGACGUAAUUGAAAGACAAACGGACAUAAUUGAAUGACAAGAAGACAAUUGAAUAACAAACGGACAUAACUGAAUGACAAGCAGACAUAAUUGAAUCUGCACAGUGAAUAGUAUUUUUGAUAUGAAAACUGCUCCAUAGUUUCUCAGUAUUCCUUUUGUGGGCGAAAAUGACUAUUCAGAAUUAAACGCAAACUGAAUAGUAGCAUGCACCUCUGUUUUGCAGACGUAAACGAGUGUGUAACAGGAAAACACAACUGUAACGGCAGCUUCAUAUGCCACAACACCAAAGGAUCCUUCCGAUGUAUCUGCUCGCCAAAGUAUUUCGGCGUUAAUUGCACAGGUAAAUAUACUGUACAUUGAGAUUGUAGAUUCCUCUGAUGAAAAGGCGCUAGCUAGGCCUCUGUGUGAUCGGGGUCUAUCAAAUGGUGAAAUCAUUGUCAUUAUCGUCAUCAUUGAUAUCGUGGUUGUUUCCCCUUUUUUGUUGAUAGCUAUUUUAAAGAAAAGAGAAACGAGAAAGUUUUGUGGAAUUCGUUAGGUUUCAAUUUGAUAAAAGCACAUGAAGUUUUGGCGUGAUCUUUACGGUCAAGUAAUACAGGCAACAUUUUCGCUUAACUUGUUGCGCAACAUUAAUACAUUCCAAGUUGAAAAGCGUUGUUGCCGGCCGUCGAGUUUAAGAGUGCAAAUUAACGGUGCAGCCUUUAAAAUUAAACUGCCUGGUAUUCUGGGCCAUGGCUGUUUGUACGUUUGAUUUUGUGUUUAAAUUAGUAUUAUUUCAGUAGCUUUUAAUUAGCUGCUCUCAUUUCGGUGUCUGAAAACCGACAUGAUAUGACUUUAAACUUAAAGGUUGCCAGUACACACUGAGUACAAUCGAUUCACGAGAAUUGUGUAAGUAAAAAAAGCACCACAUGUACCCCCGCCCCCUCAAUGAAGCUUUGCGUCUCUGGGUUAAGGGAAAAAGCUGACAUUGGGACCGAUGAGGGGCUUUUAGUCACACCUUCGUGUACAAUCAUUAAAGACACCAGUAGCUACAGCAGCAAAGGAACUAGUACAACACAAAAAAAAAUUCUUUUUGCAAUCGUUGAUGUCUUUGUUUUAUUUUCUGUUAUUUUUAGCGUUCAUGGACUCAAAUAUAUUGAAAACAAAUUAUUCUUAUUUGUCCCAUCUGGGAAAAUUUCUGGAGCCUGCGGUUGGGUACAAUUCCCAAUGGCUACUGUGCUGGCGGGCUACAUUGCACGGCUGGAAUGUCCGUACACAGUUUCACAGACGUUGCGAUGGAAAAAGAGACACAGUU